GUCUCACAUUUCACAGGACGGAGGGACGAUUUGCACUGUCAGAGCUGCUCAUAAGUUGUGUUAAGCACUUUUACCGGCAGCACGGUUUACGGGUCUCAGUCUGGGAAUUGGUGACUUUUCAAAAGGCAAUAGACAGACUACGGAAUGACCAGUCAAUCCUUGUAAAAUUAACCAAGAGGAAAGCGUUGUGUUUCUAGCCAAUUUCACUGACAGUUUUUUCCACAUGAAGCAAAGUGUAACUUUGAGACAGGAUUUUGUGGUGAAAGUCUGCCUAGUGGAACCGUGCACCCCAACAGCAGGCUGCUAACAACCACGGAGAGAUGAACGUUACAUUCUUCGACCCAGUCGGGCUGACCCAGGGCGCGCUGUUUAACGGGAGCCAGAUUCUCGCUGGUACUCUGGUAAACUGCUGUAAUGAAACAGACGUGGCAGCCAAUGACGGUGGUUCGCUGGUGUUGCCUCCAGACGAACGAAAACUCUUCAUCAUGCGCGUAGUGCAGAUCGCCGUCUUGUGCGUCUUAUCGCUCACGGUAAUGUUCGGCAUCUUCUUCCUUGGCUGCAACCUUAUGAUUAAAUCGGAGAGUAUGAUUAACUUUCUGGUAAAAGACCGGAGACCUUCCAAAGACGUGGAAGCGGUAAUGAUUGGACUCAGCUAGUCCAUAACGAUGGGCGAUGGGUGUGUUGCGCACGGACUGUGGCCUCACCAUGUACCAUACGCCUCUACGGGGCGCUCUGUUUCUUGGUGCGACGAUGAUAUGCAAAUAGUAUUAUUAUCUUAAUAUUACGAUUGAUUCAAAACUACCAAUUUUUCUUGAAGAACAAGUGUGCUCAAAGAACCAGCAAAGUAUUGUUUACAUGUGUGUGAUAUGUUCACCGAAAAAAUAUUUUGCUUGCCAACUUGAACAAAGUAACUAAAAUGUUUACAUGUUGUGAGCUCGAAUUCAACAACUUUGAAAUUAAGUUUAGGAACGAAUGUAUAACAUUCCCGACCACGGCGCAUGUAGUAAGAUGCGCGAUUUGGUGUCAGGUGUCACAGUUAGGCGUAGAUGUUCUUGUAUUUCUCUUCCA